CUCGGGUCUAUGGCUUGUUAUAAAUUAGAUUGACUAAAUGUUUAUACGUGUUUAUAAGGUGAGUGAGUCGAAAAGAGGGCGUAGACAGUUGGGUGAUGAGUAGGUGAGGACGGUGCAAGUGGACGUGGUGUGGAAGGAAAAUCUUGUGGGUGUGCAGAAUAAGGAAAAGUUUGUAACAGUGAGUGAACAGCACUCACCAUGAGGACGCUGCUGCCUGUUUUGUGCCUCCUUCUCACGUCCACGUCCUCACUUGAUGGGUCCAAUGUGUGCACGUCGCGAGGAGUCACGACAUGUCAGCAGUGUUUGACAGUUCACCCCAGCUGUGGGUGGUGCUUCCAAAAGACUUUUGGGAUGGGAGGGUCCGGCGUUUCUCGCUGCGACCUGAAGCAGAACCUGCUGGACGGGGGCUGCUCUGAGGCGGCUCUGGAGUCGCCUACGAGCACGUUGGCGGUGCUGGAGGACAAGGAACUCAGCAACAAGGCCUCGGGCGCGGCGGAUGCCGUCACCCAGAUACAGCCCCAGAAGAUCCGCAUGGUGCUCAGGCCAGGUGAUUCCAAGAAGUUCACUGUCAGUGUGAAACAAGUGGAGGACUACCCUGUGGAUCUCUACUACCUGAUGGAUCUUUCCUUCUCCAUGAAGGAUGACUUGGAUCGCCUGCGUACUCUGGGUAAUGAGCUGGCUGAGACCAUGGGCAAGACCACCAGUAACCUGCGCAUGGGCUUCGGAGCCUUUGUAGACAAGACAGUGUCGCCUUACAUGUACUUGGCUCCUCCGGAGACUAUCGAGAACCCUUGUGUUGGGAUUCACGAGGAAUGUCAGGCCCAGUUCGGCUUCAAGCAUGUGCUUUCCCUCACGGAUAAGGUGGCUCGCUUCACCGAGGAAGUGGAGAAGCAGCAGGUGUCUCGAAACAGAGACGCCCCGGAGGGUGGAUUUGAUGCCGUCAUGCAGGCAGUAGUAUGCAAGGACAACAUCGGUUGGCGUCCGGACGCUUCGCACCUUCUGGUGUUCACCACUGACGCCAAAAUGCAUAUCGCCCUCGACGGACGCAUCGCCGGCAUCGUGCAGCCCAAUGACGGACAGUGUCACCUGGGUAGUGACAAUGCCUACAACAAAUCCACUGUGCUGGACUAUCCCUCUUUGGCGCUUCUGACUGAGAAAAUGUCAGAAAACAACAUUAAUCUGAUUUUCGCCGUGACGAAUUAUGUGUUGCCGCUCUACAAGGAGUACAGUCAGCUCAUUCCAGGCACCACCGUGGGAAAGUUGUCUGGUGACUCUGGGAAUGUUAUUGAGCUCAUCGAAGCAGCAUACACGAAAAUCCGCUCUAAAGUGGAGCUAGAGCUUCUGGGGGUUCCGGAGGAGUUGAAUCUGUCCUUCAACGCCACUUGCCUGAAUGGUGAAGUCAUCCCCGGCCUCAAGUCUUGCUCCGGCCUCAAGAUCGGAGACACGGUGUCUUUCAGUGUGGAGGCCCAACUGCGAGUCUGCCCGAAGGAGAGGACCCGGACGUUCACCGUCAAACCUCGAGGAUUCAAGGACUCUCUAGAGGUCACAAUGGUUUUUGCGUGCGGGUGUGACUGUGAGGCGGAUGCCGAGGCCGACAGCCCAUUCUGCAGCAACGGCAACGGCACUUACGAGUGCGGCGUGUGCCAGUGCCAUGCCGGGCGACUGGGCCCUCACUGCGAGUGCUCCCUGGAGGACUACACCCCCUCUGACGACGCCAAGUGCAUCCCCCAGCCCGGAAGCCCAGUCUGCAAUGGGCGUGGCGACUGCUUGUGCGGACAGUGCUCGUGUCACAACAGCGACUUCGGCCAAGUGUGGGGCAAACACUGCGAGUGCGACGACUUCAACUGCCUGCACUUCAAGGGGGCGCUGUGCUCAAGCCACGGCAAGUGCAGCUGCGGCUUCUGCCAGUGCGACGCCGGCUGGGUGGGCGACAACUGCAACUGCAGCACUCGCAUCGACACGUGCAUGUCCGGCAUCGGCCUGCUGUGCAGCGGCCGCGGCAGCUGCGAGUGCGGCGUGUGCCAGUGCACGCAGCCCGGGGCCUACGGCGCCACCUGCGAAAAGUGUCCUACCUGCCCCAACUCGUGCACCAUCAAAGAGGCGUGUGUGGAGUGUCAACACUUUGAGAGAGGCCAGUACAUUGACGACAAGAGCUGCAGUCGCAUCUGCAAAGACGAAAUUAGAGUGGUGACGCAACUCGAGUUCCUCUCAAACAAUGCUGUGAACUGCUCGUACAAGGACGAGAACGACUGUGUGGAGCACUUCCAGUAUUAUGAAGACGAAAGUGGUAAAUCCAUCUUGUUCGUGAUGGAGGAGCCAGAAUGUCCUCGGGGCCCCGACACCCUGGUGGUGCUGUCGGCCGUGGCAGGAGCCAUCCUGCUCCUGGGCCUGGUGGCGCUGCUCAUCUGGAAGCUGCUGAUCACUAUCCACGACCGGAGGGAAUACGACAGAUUUGAGAAGGAGCGAGCCAAAGCCAGGUGGAACACGGCCAACAAUCCACUGUACAAAGGAGCGACGUCCACCUUCACCAACGUGGCGUACAGAGGCGCCUCGUCCAGCUGAACGCAGCACUCAGGGUUCAAUCGCACACGCCAAAUGUACUCGCCCUCCAGGGAACGAGCCAGAGUUACAGACACGUGACCAGCCACUGCAGCCACUUCAUAUUUAUUGCCGUGUUUUUAACUUAUAGUGUUGCAAAAUGAAAAAAAAUCCCUUUCAUAGCUUUUUUUAAUUUUUUUAUUAUUCAAUUCAUGUCACGUCUGCUGUAUGUGUUUAAAGUUUGCUCUCUUUUGUUUACAAAAGUGUUGUUUUUUUCCAUUGAUGGCCGCUUAUGCAUCAGCCGUGUUUGUUUUUUGAAGACCUGUCUGAAAACUAGUAGAUGGUUUUAAUAAAUACAUUUACUGUAAGUAAUCACAAUCACUGAGGCUCAAGGUUUAUUUUGUUAGCUGUAAAUGCAGUGCUAAAUGAUGUUUUAAAAAAAAAAAAUAAAGUUGUUGGAAAAAUGUCAAUAAAUUAUUGAUAAUGCACAUUAA